CAGGCACGCGGGUGUGGGUGCGCCGCCCGGCGACCGCCGGCCUCGUAGCUAUUUUCGCGGUGUCCGCGGCCGAUAAGCCGAAUAGGUCGGUGCAUCGUUAUCUGGGGGCGUUGCGUAAGCCAGGCAAAGGAAGGGGGAGGGGGAGCCGGGCCGCGAUGCCCGGGCACGUGGCUCACCGCGACUUAGCACGGCCUCUUGCAGAUCCGCCGCGGGACGAGAUGCGUGCCAGCCAUACUGACUGCGCCCUGGUGUUGCUGCUGCUACUCGGGAUACUGCCGCUUUUCCUCGGCCAUCCGACCAUCAUCGAGCGCGGCGAGCAGAGGUCCGAGUGCGAGGGCUGCGCGGACGAGUGCGAAAAGUGCAAAUACGGCUUCGCAUUCUCCAAUUGGUGCGGACUCAAAGAAUGUCUAAAGCCAAUGUAUGCAGAAGAGCGACUUGACUUCCAGGGCCCUGGUGAGAUGUGCGGCGGUGUGCGCAACAAGUACGGCGCCUGCGGCGAGGGAAUGUACUGUCGGUGCAACAAGUGCACCGGCUGCAGCAUAGACACCCUCGAGUGCUUCUCGGGCUUCUGUCCAAUCUACGAGCAGAUGCAACUGCGCCACCCCGAGCACAUGCAGGGUCUGCAGCUCGACAAGUAGAGAUGAUCGACGAUGAGGAGGAAGCUCGACUAGGUCGACGACCCGUGACCACC